CAUGCUAACUUGUCGACCUCUCAGUUCCUCUCCCUGAUAGGACUGGACCCAGGCUGAAAGCAAAGACAGCAGGAGACAAGGGGCUUCAGAAGUUUCCUGCAUUUAUCCUCUUCCCCCACCAGACAAUGGGGAAGAGCUGCAAAGUGGUAGUCUGUGGACAGGCAUCCGUUGGGAAGACCUCCAUCCUGGAACAGCUUCUCUAUGGAAAUCAUGUGGUCGGUUCGGAGAUGAUUGAAACUCAGGAAGACAUUUACGUGGGCUCCAUUGAGACAGACCGGGGGGUGCGGGAGCAGGUUCGCUUCUAUGAUACUCGAGGUUUGAGGGAUGGACUGGAGCUGCCCAAACAUUGCUUUUCCUGCACUGAUGGAUAUGUGCUGGUUUACAGUAUUGAUAGCAAGGAAUCCUUCAAGAGGGCAGAGAUUCUCAAGAAGGAAAUAGACAAGAGCAAGGAUAAGAAGGAGGUCACCAUUGUCGUCUUAGGCAACAAGAGUGACUUGCAGGAUCAGCGGCGUGUGGACCACGAGGCAGCCCAGCACUGGGCCAAAGCAGAGAAAGUGAAGCUGUGGGAAGUCUCCGUUGCUGACCGCCGGACUCUCAUCGAGCCCUUUGUCUACCUAGCCAGCAAGAUGACGCAGCCGCAGAGCAAAUCUGCCUUCCCGCUCAGCCGCAAGAAUAAAAGCAGCGGCUCAGUGGAUGGGUGAAACUUACAGGCGUGUGCCUGCCCUCUUUGCCCCAAAAUGCAUGCAUGCCAGGCUGGCCUUACUAUAAAGCAGAAACUCUCAGCCUCAGAUUCCAGAUGAGGCACCAUUUCCAUUCUUUCAGUCUUUCUCUCCUUCUCUAGCUAUUAUUGCUUCCCUGGAGCAGUUACUGUCAAUUGGACAUAUGUGCUCUGUUCAUAGUGGAACACAGUUGGCCCAAGACAGUUGCCUAAGAGAA